CACAGAACCAUGAGCCAGGACAGCAAAGUGAAGACAACGGAGUCUAGCCCCCCGGCCCCUGCCAAGGCCAGAAAGUCACUGCCUGUUCUGGACCCGUCGGGGGAUUACUACUACUGGUGGCUGAACACGAUGGUCUUCCCAGUCAUGUAUAAUCUCAUCAUAGUUGUCUGCAGAGCCUGUUUUCCUGACUUGCAGCAUGGUUAUCUGGUGGCUUGGUUCGUGCUGGACUACACAAGUGACCUUCUGUACUUCCUGGAUAUCAUAGUGCGCUUUCACACAGGAUUCUUAGACCAGGGCAUCCUAGUAGUGGACAAGGGGAAGAUCUCGAGUCGCUAUGUUCGCACCUGGAGCUUCUUGCUGGACCUGGUUUCCCUGGUGCCAACGGACUUGGCCUACCUGCGCCUGGGCCCACACGUACCCACUCUGCGGCUGAACCGGUUUCUCCGGGUGCCCCGCCUCUUCGAGGCCUUCGACCGCACGGAGACACGCACAGCUUACCCCAAUGCCUUUCGCAUCGCCAAGCUGAUGCUUUACAUUUUUGUCGUCAUUCACUGGAACAGCUGUCUGUACUUUGCCCUGUCACGGUACCUAGGCUUUGGGCGAGAUGCGUGGGUAUACCCAGACCCUGCACAGCCUGGCUUUGAGCGCUUGCGGCGCCAGUACCUCUACAGCUUCUACUUCUCCACGCUAAUCUUGACCACCGUGGGAGACACGCCACUGCCAGCCCGGGAGGAGGAGUACCUCUUCAUGGUGGGCGACUUCCUGCUAGCCGUCAUGGGUUUUGCCACCAUCAUGGGCAGCAUGAGCUCUGUAAUCUAUAACAUGAAUACAGCCGACGCAGCUUUCUACCCGGACCAUGCUCUAGUGAAGAAGUACAUGAAGCUGCAGCAUGUCAACCGCCGGCUGGAGCGACGAGUUAUUGACUGGUACCAGCACCUGCAGAUCAAUAAGAAGAUGACCAAUGAGGUCGCCAUCCUACAGCACCUGCCUGAGCGGCUGAGGGCCGAAGUGGCUGUGUCUGUGCACCUGUCUACUCUGAGCCGGGUACAGAUCUUCCAGAACUGUGAGGCCAGCCUGCUGGAGGAGCUGGUGUUGAAGCUGCAGCCCCAGACCUACUCACCUGGAGAAUAUGUGUGUCGCAAGGGGGACAUUGGCCGAGAAAUGUAUAUCAUCCGUGAGGGUCAGCUGGCCGUGGUGGCAGAUGAUGGCAUCACACAGUAUGCUGUGCUCGGUGCAGGCCUCUACUUUGGGGAGAUCAGCAUCAUCAACAUCAAAGGAAAUAUGUCUGGGAACCGCCGCACAGCCAACAUCAAGAGCCUAGGUUAUUCAGACUUGUUCUGCCUGAGCAAGGAGGACCUGAGGGAGGUACUGAGUGAGUAUCCACAAGCCCAGGCCAUCAUGGAGGAGAAGGGCCGCGAGAUCCUGCUCAAAAUGAAUAAGUUGGACGUGAAUGCCGAGGCAGCUGAGAUUGCCCUUCAGGAGGCCACAGAGUCCCGGCUACGAGGCCUCGAUCAGCAGCUUGAUGAUCUACAGACCAAGUUUGCUCGCCUCCUAGCUGAGUUGGAGUCCAGCGCCCUGAAGAUUGCCUACCGCAUUGAACGACUGGAGUGGCAAACUCGAGAGUGGCCAAUGCCAGAGGAUGCAGCUGAAGCUGAUGAUGAGGGUGAGCCUGGAGAGGGAGCUUCCAAGGAGGGAGUGGAAAAGACUGGCCAGGAGAGACCCCUAGGCCCAGAGCUGUAG